GUUCCGCGGUGUUAUGUUUAUACAAUAAAAAAGCUAGACGAAGAAAACAAUAGAGAAUCAGAAAACCUAACCAACGAACAAAAAUACCCAAAACAUAGACAUGGCUCACGGCGGUGACAACAAGCGGCGCGUGAGGGUUAACCCCGCAAGCCGUCGAUCCAACGCUAAGAAAUUCAAACCUCCCGUCUCCCUCAAAAACCAGAUUCGAUCCGCAGAACGCAUGCUCAGAAAGAAUUUACCAUCGGAGGUUAGAGAAGCACAGGAGCAAAAGUUGGAAUCACUGAAGAAGCAGCAGGAAGUUCACACUCGCCUCGCCGCCGAACGCAAGAUAUUCUUACGCGAUAGAAAGAUCAAGUUCUUCGAGAGAAGAAAAAUCGAACGAAGAAUCAGACGCCACGAGAAGCUUCAACGUGCUUCGUCUUCAUCAUCUUCUGCUCAAUCUGCUUCUCCUGAUCAGCUUGCAUCGCUCAAACAAGAUCUUCAAUAUGUUAUGUACUUUCCCAAGAAUGAGAAAUAUGUUCCUUUAUUUAGUGGAAGUGAUGAUCCGGAGAUAGUUGAUAGGCGAAAUGGGCUGCGCAAACAGAUUGAAGACAGGUUAACUGCUGCUGCUGCAACUGGCAAGGAUUUAGAAGAGACUGGCAGCGAAGAUGAUGGGCACUUGGAUCUCACUGAUGAUGAUUUUUUCCUUGCUGGAAGUUCUAGUGAUGAAGCUGAUGCAGAUGAUGAAUGGACAGACAAAAGCAGAGAGCAGGCUUCUAGUGCUUCUGGAAAAGCCGUGUCUGGCAUGUCCAGUGAUGAAAAAAAUCAGAGGCAGAUUUCUGCUAGAGCUUUGAUGCCUCCUCCUCGCCCUUCGAACAAAUUGUCAAGGUUUGGGUCAUCUUCAGGCCAAAGUUCAUUUAAACAGAGAUCUCAGAUUUCUACAUCCAGCCACACAUCAAACAGAAAAAGCAGCUCAGACUUCAGAGUAAGGAAACCCUCAGACUUCAGAGCAAGGGAACCCUCAGACUUCAGAGCAAGGGAACCCUCAGACUUCAGAGCAAGGGAACCCUCAGAAUUCAGAGCAAGGGAACCCUCAAAAUCAGGGACAGGUCAUGGCAGUAGUCUAAGCUCCAACUCUGAUGCUCACAAGCCUCGGAGAAAGAGAAGACCUAAGAAGAAAAAUAAGCAGGCAUGAUGGCUAAGCUGAGCAUUGCUAUGGAAUUUGGAUUUAACUUCUUCACAUUCAUUCAAGAUUAUUACAGUUGUUUUUUAUCUGGAUGGGUCAUGUUCUGCGGUGGACAUCCCGGCGGGAGCCUCUUUUACUGGUCAUUAUUAUUAUGAUCAUAUAUGUACUGACUUGUUAGGUUAGAUUGAAUUUUUCAUUGUAGAUUACUGUGGGGUCUUUAAAUUUGACCACAGGUUUCUGUAAAUUAAAUUUCAAGUUGUUUACGGACAAACCAAAAAAUUUGCAUUAUUAUUGUAUUGACAGAUAUGGGAAAAACAUAAUUGUACUGGUUUCGCCGCAGUUAGCUGGAUCUUUUACAAUUUUUAGAUUUAUGGAUAACUCAUUGACAAGAUUGGUUGAA